AUCUUCUAAUCUAACAUGAGUUGCCGAGCACUGACGCAUGCUCUCAUCCUCAGGCUAAGGCUGUCUCAUAUUUGCUUGGAAUCCAUCCUUUUCUUCCAGCACUACAUAUGGGGACCAGCUGUAGACUCGUAACCAGUCUUUACUAUGUUGUUAAGUGUUUGACAUAGUAAGACUGGUCGAUCUCGGAGAAAUUUGGCAGGCGAAGCACGGAGUUUAAAUUUCAGCAGGUGCCGGUCGUGCCGGUGAUACUCAUCAUGUACUAGUAGAGUAGUGCGUCUAGACUGAGUGCUACUAUGUUAACCUCCUACCAUGAGUUUUUUGAUCAAUUCUGUCCCACCUUUGUCGUGCGCUGCUCUAGAGGCUAUUAACAAUCUACUAGUGGACUUUACGAGCACCCUUUCAACGAAACAAAGCCAACAAACUCUCGAAGCUUUCGCGCAACUCGACUUUAUUUCACGAGGAACACAACAUCCUAAAUUAUUUCAGCUCAAAUGCAUGAUAUCGUUACUUUCUGCAAGGAAUAUCGUGCUCCGAGCUGCGACAGGCUCCGGAAAGACCCUCCGCAAUGAUUCUCCCGUUACUUCUUUCUCCGGACAAGACAGCUCGCUCGCUCGUCAGCAUGCAACACGUUGAAAAACUGGACAAGGGCAUUGCUUCGAAAAAAACCCUCUCUCCAAGUUACCAUGGAGGCUUUACCAGAGAUAGAGUAUAACAUGAGGUCCACGACCGUCAUCCGAAGCCCACGAAGGAUUUUUAGGAUGGCCAGGAUUUUUUUAUCUUGGUCAAGGCUCGAAGGGUCGACAGUCCAAAUC